AUGUAUACAUACUUGACCCCUGGGGUUUGGCGCCCACAUUUUCGUUUCCCAAACAACCUAUUAGCGUUAAAGUGUAGAGUUCAUGAAUACAAUUACUUGCAAAGCGUAAACCUACACCCAACUUCCUACGCAAAACUGCAAUUGGCAUAUCACCUAUACACUCCAAGACUAAUUCACUAUUCCGCCUUUAACAAAUCCAACAUCGAUAAAAUAUACAACAAUGGAUACAACAAUUUAUCAACUGUCUAUUGCAGACAGUUUUCUACAAAAAAGCCCAGCAAAUGUAGCAUAAUUAUCAAGGUUAUAGGGACGAUAAUCAAAUUCCCUUUUAAGCUAUGCAAAUGGACAAUUCAAAUCAUCCUCAAACCAUUUAAAAUUUCUAUAAAUUUGACCACUGGGCUGUUUAAGUUAUUUGGUAAAUUCAUUCGUCUCAUAGGCAGUGGUAUUAAUCGUUCCCUUAGAGUAGCAAGGGCGGCUAGACAAUCAGGGGUAGUAAGUUUAACCCGUAGUGUAUGGAAUGGAAUUGUACAUACAGUUCACUGGUGUAAAACUGGGUUUAAAUUAUACGCUGUAAAUGUUAGGGUUUCCUAUUUUAUUAUGCUAAAGAAGUUUAAGGGCCAUCAACUAGGCUAUAAAGAGCACAAAUUGCUAAUGAGGACUCUGAAUGAUUGCUUCAAAUUGGUGCCAUUUUCAUUCUUCUUGAUCGUCCCAUUUGCGGAAUUUUUGCUUCCUGUUGCCAUAAAACUCUUUCCCAAUAUGCUUCCUUCCACAUUUAAGCAGACAAAUAGCGAUACUUCAUAUUUACACAAGAAACUAUUAGUUAAGAAACAGUUGGCUGAAUUCUUUCAGGAGCUAGUACAGAAUCAUACAAAUAACUUACUGCAGGCGGAACUAGAUUCGUCAAUUCGCACAAAAGCAGAAGCGCUUAGUGCCUUUCAGCAAAGGUUGAUGAAUAAAGAUGACCGUGAUAUGAAUCCAUUUCUAACAGCAAAUGAACUAGUGGUAUUUUCAAAACUGCUAAAGCAAGAAUUUGUUCUUGAUAAGAUGAACCUAGAAACACUACAGGUUAUGUGUAAAUUGCUUGGUAUACGCCCAUUUUCGUUGCACUCACAUGUUGUAUUACAAUUGCGCCACCAUUUAUUGAAAAUUCAAAGAGAAGAUCAGAUGAUCAGGUGGGAAGGAGUCGAAUCAUUAACGGUAGAUGAGCUGAGUGAAGCUUGUCGUGACAGGGCCAUGAAGUUUUACGAUAUAACGAAAGAGCAAAUGCAACAGAACUUGAUUAUGUGGUUAGAUUUAUCGGGCCGCAAGGAUAUUCCACUGAUAUUGUUGUUGUGGAGCCGCUGUAUUACAAUGACACACUCACCCAUGGAGGUGAAAGUGGAUGUGAUAACGCCGGAUAUACAAAAGGAGGACGAACCACAUUGUAAAGAAGAAGAGGAGAUUAUUGAGCGCCAAAACCAGCUCCAAGAACUUUUAAUGACAGAGGCUAAUCUAAGGGAAAGCACCGAAAGCAUCGAAAGCACCUCCUUACAAUCUGAAUCGCAAUUGGAUGAAGAUGAAUCUCAAUCUAACGAAUUAUCCAAACCAGAAUUGAUUUCCAGAUUCAAUCAAUUGAAUCAAGCAAUGGAACUGCAAAAAUCAAUCACUGAUAAACAAGAAAAGCUUCUAAAUGAGAUUUUGGCAUUUAUACUCAAGGUGUCAGAGUCAGAUGGCAAUGAUAUCAACAAACUAAAGGAUGAAGCAUCAAAACUCUUAAUGAGUACUAAUGAUUCUAUAUCACAAUUAGAAGAACUGAUUCUUAAGUCUAAUGAUGGUGAGAAAUCAUACGAUGAUAUUGGAGCAAAUUAA